AUGACUUCUCAUUCUGAAAGACCCGAAUCUCCGUCAUUCGACGAUAGGCGCUCUAGUAAUGACGAGUGCACUCGCCCUAAUGAUAUUGGCGGUCUGCACUAUAGAUCCACUUGUACUCUUCAAUCCCUCGAACCGUUGAGAGAGCUUUGCCGGAUUCCGCCAGAAAUUAUGGCGGAAGCACAAAUAGCGGACCCCACAGAAUCCCCAGAGAACCAUCGCGAUGGUUACUUCUGUGUGUACGAGAUUUAUUUCAAGGGUUGCGGAUUAACCUUCCCACUUCCCGAAACCCUGGUUCGGUACUUGGCGGUUCUCGAGAUCGCUCUUCCUCAAUUAAUUCCCAAUCUUCUCCGAACCAUUCUCGGAAUUAUAACAGUAGCGGCGGAAGCCGGAUACAUUAUUGGGGUCCCCGAACUAAAUGAGCUUCUAAGAGUGAGAAGUUCAUCGAAGAAGACAGGGUAUUUCUCGGUAUAUCCUAACGCUAACAGGAACGUCAUUUCACAUCUUCCAAACAAGGAUGAAAAUUGGCAUCACCCUUGGUUCCUGAUUAAGAAAACCCCUGCUUCGAUUGGAAAUCUAUCAGAUUUACUCCCAUCGAAGUGGUCCGCGAAACCUGCCUUCGUCGCUCCGACUUUACCAACUGAAGAAUUCAUUGGCUUCUUCAAAAUAAUCCUCGAAGGGGAAACCCUUUGGAAUUCUUUCACUCUCGAACGGUUCAUAGAAGCCAAUCGAAAACUCAGGAUGAGCCCUCCCAAUCAACUUCAUCGUCUUCCGCCUCCUCCCUCAACCCAGGGAAUGUCAGCUCGGGCUCUCACUGCCCAGCGAAAAAUGAUUUCCAAGCCGAUGGCUGAGGCUUGUGAUGAGAACAAGGCGUUCCUUGCGACCGCCAUUGACAAAAAAGAUUAUAGCAAAACCUUAUUGGUUGACGACGGUAGCACCGAAGGAGCCAGAUCCGUCGCCGUUUUCAGAUUGAUACCUCGACGUGAACGUCGUGAUGAUCGUCCUUCCUGGAGGCUCCAAUCUCCUAACCGUGACUCUCCUCGUUCUUCCCGAGAUGACUUUAGCAACGAACCGCUUAAGGAUUUAAUUCGCAAAAAGAGGGACAGGUCAUCCCGCAGUGGUUCUUCUCCGCGAAGAGAGAAGUCAAGGGCUCGGACUGACCGUUCUCCUCGAUCGUCCCCUCCUACUGAACCAAUGGGUCCUCCUCGUCCUGUCGAUAAGUCCUCUUCUUCUCAACAUGACUCUCUGAAGUCAAAGCCUGCUCUUGUUCCUCAGAUCAAAUCGCUCUCAGCCAUGGAGAAAGAGGGUAACGUUUUUCGGUGCUUCAAAACCCGAUCAAGUGCGAUCCUGCCGGAGUUCAACAAGUGGCGCUCCGCUAACAGCGAGCUCAAUGACAUAAUUAAACAUUACGAAGGAUUGGUCAUUGGUCAGGAGAAGGAGAUUGACACGUGGAAGAGCAAGUUUUCUAAUCUCGAGGCUGACCUCCGUUCUUCUACCGACUCCAAGCAUGAUCUGGAGGACAAGGUUGAUGGUCUAUCAUCCGAGCUUGCGAAGAUAAAGGGGGAGCUGCAGGACCAGUACGACCGGAAUUACAAGCUCCAGGAUGAACUUUCUUGUGUUCAGGGUAGACGUCAUGAGUCUGAAUCAUCCGCCGAUAUCCUUAACAACCAACUUACCGAGCUUCACGCGAAGUACCAGGUGAUCGCCAAGUUGCGUGAUUCCGAGUUAGCAAGGUCAGCAUCGAAGGCCAGAAAAGAGGUCAAGGGACGCGGGAUAGAAUUGAUCCAAGGGGCUAUCUGCUUCAUCCAAACUGAGAAAUCUAGGUCAGAUCUAGAAUCUGACAUCAAAGAGCACGAGAGCACCCUGAUCCUGUUGGAUCAGAUCCAUGACAAAGAUUUCUCCGAAGCGCAAGAAAGAUCCGAAUUGACCGCUAAUUUAACUAAAAAACGGAGUCGCUUGGCUGCUCUUCCCGCUUCAACCUUCAACCCACAGCACUUCGAGGAAUUUUUUACUGAAUCACCUCCCCCAAGUGAAUCGGGUCUAGAAUGGGCAGAACUAUCCUUCCUAAGCUCAAGUGAGGCGGAAGAUGCCACCCCUCCCGAAGUUCUAGCCACACCGGAGGUCACCCCGACGGAUGGUUGUACCGUGGAAAGCGGACCAGGAGCUUCGCCUGACCAGGCACCAGCCAAGGAGGUGGAUGAAACUUUGACAGCUGAGACGGAGUCCGAGGUGGUCGUUAACCCGUAG